AAAUAUUUCACUAAGAAUCACAUGCUUUAUGAGCGUAAUCAGGAAACCAACAGACUGGAAUACCUGAUUCCAAAAGGGACAUCUUUAAGGCAUCGUUUGCCUAUGGGAGAUCAGGUUUUUAUUGAUUUUGUUGCUCAUUUGCUUGAGAUAAACCCAAAAAAGUGGCCUACUGCAUCUGAGGCUCUAAAGCACCCAUGGUUAUCAUAUCCAUAUGAGCCAAUAUUAGCUUGAUUUGUUUGAAGAUGACACGCUACAGCUGUCCUUGUACGCCUUCAGUCAAGUGUCUUGUUGACAGGGAAAGCCAUUCCUUUCCCCUACAAAGAGCUUUUGUUCAUUGACAAAAAUGCAAUGGUCUUUUCUCGGCAAGGGUCAAGUUGUAUUUAAGUCUAGCAUUAUGAAAUGAUUUAAUCAUGGGUAGCACAAUGUAUUCUUGAGGUCUCCUUCAUUUCAACAUAAUAUGGUGGAAGAGGGAUUGUAAUCCUGUUGUACAUGAUGUGUGAUAAUUCAAUUUUAUAGCUACUUUAGUAGCUAUAUUACAGUGUGUGAAAGACUUGGAUAUCCAAUUUUAGUUGGCUUGUAAUAUGAGUUGUGUGCGCAUCAAAGUUUGGAGCAAGGCAAGCACUUUCGGUGUUUUGAUUUUGCAGCAUGGCACGGUUACAAUGGAUAAAGCUUUUGGUAGAAA